UGCCUGUAUACGUACGAAAUGUCCCUUCUGCCUUCCUUCCUCUCUGGUCUGUGCGAGUGCUCUUUCGAUCAGCCUCCUCGUGGCCGGCGUAGCAUGCUGGGUCGCCCACGGAAGUGCACGCUCCAGUCCUGCAACGGCGUCAACGAUGAGGCCUCGCUCCGAAGCAACUGAAAGGUCCGAGAGUUUCAAAGAGAGAAGGAGAGGUACGUGGCAUACCCACCAAUCCAAUAUGUGUGCUGUCUUCCUUUUGUCUUGCCUACCUCUCGCAGCCAUGUCGUUGUCCCCUCCUGCCUCUCCCAUCUCCUCGUCUUCAAACUCUGCCGGCUGCUCGUCGGGCCUGGCGUCCCUCUCGCCAAAUGCGAUGGCAUCCUCCUCACUCAUGGAUUGGCGGGCCGCCUCCAGCCGCUCCUCUGCGAUAUGAUCUGCGAUGUCCUUGUACGUGACGCCAGUCGGCACCACGAGCGUGUCGGGCUCGAGCUGCCCCUCAAAGGCAGCCCAGUCGUACCGGCCGCCGAGAGAAACAUCACCAACCAAGUACUCCUGGAGAAGCACACACAGGACAAACAGAGCCGUGAGCAUCCAAGCAUGCAUGCUCUCUCCCUGUCUCUGUGUGUGUGUGUGUGUGUGUGUCUGUGUGCGUACAUGUCCAUCAGUGUGCUCGACCAUCAUCUCCUCCAUCGACCCCCGACCGCCGUCACCCAUGGAGGCGGCCACCGUCCCCGCAACCCCCUCACCCAUCCAUGCCUGCGUGGCUGCCUCCACUGCAGCGUCUGCAUGCCGACUGACGGCAUCGCUGUCACCCGCUGGCAUGCCGUCCAUCAUGCCGCGCCCAUUGUCCAUCAUGCCGCCCACUGCAUCGCUGUCACCCGCCGGCAUGCCGUCCAUCAUGCCGUCCCCAUUGUCCAUCAUGCCGCCCUCCUCAUUGUCGGCCUCCUCCGCAGCCCUCCAUGCUGCCAUGUACGCCUCCAGUCCGCCCAUGGCGAUCACCUUGGGAUGGCGGGCCAGCUCCAGCUCCCUCCAGUUGGGUGCAAGUGCUUCCUCGUCAUCCAUCAUCAUGUAGUCGUCCUCUGGGGGCGGGGGUAUCCCCGUCGGCAUGGCAGCCGGGGCGGUCGGCUCAGGCAACUGGGAUGGUUGGCCGCCCUCACCAUUGCCGUCGCCCUCCAUGCCAUCGUCAUCUCCAUACCCAGCCAUGAGCUGCAGCAGCGGGAGGGGCCGAGGGGGCGGAUGGAAGAAGGGAUCGUGCUGCUGCCCGACUGCCGCUGAUGCAGUGUCUGCUGGUGUCGAAUGCGCCAUGUGGCCUGCCUGGUCGUGGGGCGGCGGGGCGUCGUUCUGCUGGCUGGGUGGGGGUGGCUCGGGCACGUCAUGGUGGUGGGGGUGGGGGUCCGGGUGGUGGUGGGGCUGUGCCAUGUCGACGUCAAUGCCGUCCGUCUGCUGGUGCUGUUGCGGCUCCGGCAUUCUGCCCUCCACGCGAAUGAAGAGCUCCUUGAGGGACUCGACGGUACAUCGCGCAUGUCUCAAGCAGUUCUCGAUGGUCACCCUGCGAAGACAGCAGCAUGCAUUAUGGGAUGAGGAGCCGAUUAUGGGGGUCAUGAGUGUCGUGCAGUCAUCUUACGGGGUGACUUCUGCCCACGCUUCUGAGGGGAUCUCGAGGCAUCUGCGGAGCCCCCCUCCCUUGCCGGCCUGGCUGUCUGUGCGUCCAGCCAGCUGGCCCCACACCCACUGCAGCUCACGCGCCAUGUACUUGACCUUGAGGGUCCAGAUGAUACCCGCGUCCAGCGGCUGGAUGAGGGCUGUGGCUUUGGGUGGCAAAUACAGCAUCGUGACAUUCGACAGCCGCUCGGUCAGGAAGUGGGUGCUGUGGUUGUCGAGGAUGAGGAGGGCGUGGCGGCCCUGCUCGCGCAUGUCGUCAUUGAAGUCGGCGGCCCACUGCUCGAACCGCUCGCUGGUUAUGUAUGUUGACGGGGUGGUGGCGCGGUCGAUGUUGUGGCCCACAUGCUUCUCCCAAUCCCAGCCGGCGAUGUCGCGGGGGUUCUUGCUCUUGUAGAUGACCAGCAGCCGCCGCUUGUCAGUGCCGGUCAUGUUGACGUAUGCCACGAUCGAGACACGCUUGCGGUGCUUCUUGCGACCUGUCAUUCCAGGUAAUGAAUGCAUCCAUGCACCGUGCAUUGUCUGUCCUCAUCAUCAUGCGUGUGUGUGUGGUGUGUUCAUACCGGCCAGGUGAGUGUCUUCCGGCAUGUACGCCCGCGUCGGCAUGCCACCGAGAUACAGGGCGCUCCCAUCCAUAUUGUAGAUGUCCUCCGGCCGGAAGCGCAGCAGGGUGGGGUAAAGGACGUGCCGCUGGAAGACGUAGGUGGCCGUCCGAUCGGCUUCGGCUGCCUCGCCCUCGAGCCGGCGGCACACCAGCCGAUGGUUGCGCACGAACCUCUUGACCCACGACACGGGCGCCUGAUCGGUAGGGAACGCACACCCUGAGGGGGAAAGAAGACAGUGAGGGUACACAUGGAUGGAUGGCGGUACUCACUCACCUGGAAACGUGUCUUUGACCAGGCCCGUGACAUGAUUGUCGGCAAACCACGCACGCAGGGCCUUCUCGAGGGGCCCUCGCUGCUGCUUGCGGUAGCGCUUGCGUGCUGGAUCGGCUGACACUGUGAUGGUGGCCCUCCACCACUCCCAGUGCUGCGUGACCCGCUGGAUAGUCCAUUUGGUGAAUCCGGCGAUGUCUGCGAUGAGCCGGUUGGAUAGUUUGCGUGGAGUGCCGUCCUGGUCUGCGAGUGGACACACUCUGCCGUCCUUCAUGGUGUGUGUGCCGGAGAGGUCAUGUGUGCCGUCGUACAUCUUGAUCACACGCAGACUGCACACACACACGCACACACACACACACACGGACGCGUUUGCUGAUGCUUGUGUGUGUCUGUCUGUCUGUCUUGUCAGAUCCCCAUUUCUCACCGCUGCGCGUCGUUCAUUUGUUUGUUUUUGGGUUGGUGUUGUUCUGACGGGAAUGCGGCCGCCGUCUGCUUGGCCGCCAUCGGCUUGCGAACACCCGGCAUCAGUGCGCUGUCGGGGAGAGGGCCGAGGCGAGGAAGGGUCUCGGCAUACGCUGCUGCGGCCGCAUCUUGCUGCACAGACACACACACAGACAGACACACACACACGCAGAUGGGUGCUUGAAUGCAUGUGUGUCAUAUGUCUGCAGGUACCUCUUGUUUUUGCUCGAGGCGGAGCUUCUUGCGUUCUUCCUUCUUGCGCUCCCUCUCAUCGUUGGCCUCUUGCUUCUUCUGGUCCUCGAGGGCCUGAGCGGCCAUCUCGGUCCGCUCAGCGGCGAUGGCGUCACUGACGUACUGCUCCAUCGCCGCCACCCCGUCUGCCGCCCCGUCUGCCGCCCCUCCGGCAGCAUCCCCCUCUCCCUCAUCGGCAUCCUCCCCCUCUCCCUCAUGACCCUCGUCCCCCUCUCCCUCGCCACCCUCACCCGCAUCUUCAUCACGCGGUCUCUUGACGCCUCUGGCCUUUGGCUUGGCCUUGGCCUUAGCCUUGGACUUGGGUUUGGGUUUGGGUCUGGCUUUGGCCUUGCCCGCCGCUGCUGCCUUGGGUGCUGCCGUCUCGUUGCCGUCGGCGAGGUUGACGGCCACUGCUGCGUCUUCCUGCAGGGCCUCCUCGUUGUCUCGUUUCUUUUGCGAUGGCUUGCGCGUCCGCGGAUGGUUGAGGAUCUCCGGUUUGCGGUCUUCGUACUUGUGCCGCUUCAU